AAAACAUAUAUGCUGGCAGACUCUCUCUCACUCUCUCUGCACACACUCACACACACAAAUUAACAGCUACUAAUAACAUGGAUGCGCACACACUCACCGAGUUUGGAUACCCAUAAUAAAUAAUAAUCUAUAAGUAUUACCCACAAAUAUAUAUGUGUGUGUGUAUAUAUAUACAUAUAUCUAUAUUUAUUUGUAGUGUUGUAUCUAGAUGCAUGUAGCUCACUUUCCUGUAGUAGAAUUUAAUCAACGCGUGGCCUGUUGAAAGCCUCUGAUCUUUGCUCUGAAACAGAGGAGGAGAGAGAUAGAGAGAAAAAGGGUAAGAGAAAGAGAGAAAAAGGCUUACCAGGUGGAGGAGGAGGAUGAGAAGGUUUACGUCAGGAGUUUUGGCAAGGAGGGCAUUUUGGACAAAAGUCUUUUUGCAGCAUGCCAGAUUUCAAACGGUGGUAUUUAUUUCACGGUGGAUCUAACUGGUUAGCCGGAGUCCGGAGUUUCGGGGGACACAACCAUCUCUGAUCUGGUAGAGAAUUUUCUUCAAAGAAAAUGAAGUGUAUGAAAUCAAUUUAAUUGGGAAGGGUUGUGAGUGCUACUAGCUUCAAAGUCAAAUUUUUUGGUUCAUCAGUUGUAAUCUGACUGGUUGUUCCUAUUGGCUUGAUCAAGUUUACAGGUGUUAUGCCAGAUUCUUUUUAAAAUUCAUGGCUGUCAGAUUUGUGUUUGUUCUUCAUAGUCUGGAGUGAUGAUGAAGGAAUUAGGUUUUUUUUUCUGUCUGAGCCAAGUUAGUAACAUUGAUCAUACAAGUUGCUUGUGCUAUUCUGCAUGACUGCUGGGGUUGAUUGGCAUCUCCUCAGAUUACUUUUGUGAAGACUGGCUAUGUAAAUAGUACUUUAAUAGAAUCUGUUGCUUCUCCAGCUAUCUCGAUGCGCAAUUAACAAUCAGAAUCUUGUGUAAUGAACUCUUUUGGAGGAAAAAAAAAGAUGGAAUUUGACACUUUGACGGACAACCGUCAGCCUAGCACUCUUCAGCGGCUAUUUCCAGCUGUUGUACCAGUAGUUUUUAUUGCAAUCAGCUAUGUUGAUCCUGGAAAGUGGGCUGCAGCUGUGGAGGGUGGCGCACACUUUGGGGUUGAUUUGGUGUUUCCAGUACUUAUUUUCAAUUUUGCUGCCAUUCUUUGUCAAUACCUAUCAGCUCGUAUAGCGGUGGUUACUGGUAGAGAUCUCGCCCAGAUUUGCAGUGAGGAAUAUGACAAAAUCACCUGUAUGCUAUUAGGAGUUCAAGCUGAGAUCUCAAUUAUUGCAUUGGACCUAAUGAUGGUUUUGGGAACUGCACAUGGGCUUAAUGUUCUGUUCGGAAUUGACCUUUUCACGGGUGUCUUUCUGACUGCUCUUAAUGCUGCCUUAUUUCCACUUCUUGCUACAGUCCUUGUAGGUCUUGUUGCCUGUGUGUUUUCAGUAUAUCAUUCUUAUCGUCCAUCUUAUUCUGAGUAUUGUCAUUCUUGUUUCUAUGAUUCCCAGGAAAACAGCAGAGCAAAAUAUCUAUCCAUAUGCAUCUCAAUAUUUGUCUUAGUGUCAUAUAUUUUUGGAGUAUUGGUUAGUCAACCGGCAAGUCCACUCCCCUUGGGUGGGACAGUGACAAGGUUAAGUGGGGAAAGCGCCUUUGCUUUGAUGAGUCUUCUUGGAGCAAGCAUUAUGCCUCACAACUUUUACCUGCAUUCUUCAGUUGUGCAGCUGGAUCAGGGGCCAAACAAUGUUCCCAAGGAAACCUUGUAUCAUGACCACUUUUUUGCCAUUUUUUGCAUUUUCAGUGGCAUUUUCCUGGUCAAUUACGUGCUUAUGAACUCAGCUGCAAAUGUGUUCUAUAGUACCGGUCUUUUGUUGCUUACUUUUCAGGAUGCACUGUCCCUGUUGGAUCAGGCAUUUAGGAGUUCAAUUGCAUCAUUUUGUUUGAUAAUGUUAAUGUUCCUUUUGAGUCAAGUGACUGCAUUGACCUGGAAUCUUUCUGGACAAGUUGUUGUGCGCGAACUUUUUAAAAUGGAUAUUCCUGGAUGGCUUCAUCAUGCCACAAUCAGAAUUAUUGCAAUCAUUCCAGCCCUUUACUGUGUGUGGAAUUCAGGAGCUGAAGGUAUAUACCAAUUGCUGAUAUUCACACAGGUUGUGGUCUCUCUUAUGCUUCCAUCUUCUGUUAUCCCUCUCUUCCGAGUAGCCUCCUCCAGACAAUUAAUGGGUAUCCAUAAAAUUUCUCAACGGGAGGAAUUUUUAGCUCUGAUCACAUUUAUUGGUAUGCUUGGUCUUAAGAUUAUAUUUUUUAUAGAGCUAGUAUUCGGUGAUAGUGAUUGGGUGAGUAACUUGAGGUGGAAUAUCGGGAGUAGUGUGCCAGUUGCUUAUGUUACUCUUCUUCUUGCUGCUUCUGUCUCCUUCUUUCUGAUGCUUUGGUUAGCAGCCACUCCAUUGAAAUCAGCCACCUCCAGAACAGAUGCUCAGGCAUUGGACUUGGAUAUGCAUCCUACUGUGCUAGAGUCCGGUACAGAAGGAGAGCAAAAUGAUGUCCUUGUACCGAAAUAUCAGAUAGAUAAGCCUACAGGCAAGCAAGAACCACCAGUGACUUUCGAGAAAUCCUUGGGUUCGAGUCGUAAUCUCAGUUUGCCAGAGACAAUUUUUGAUUCUGAGAAUGUCCUUCCUUUGACAACUAUUGAGGAGAAUAAAUCUGAAGUUACAAUUCCAAGUCCCGGCUGUUCUCAGGAGGCAUCUCCAAUUGUGCUUGACAGGAAUUUGGAUGCACCUAUACAUGGUGAUAUUUCUGAUGGUCAGUCACAGAAUUCUCAGGCCUUGAAAACUGAUACAACAGACCUGGCGGAAAAGACACUGCAAGUAGAGAGGGACAUACAGACUGUGAAGGAUGAUGGAGAAUCUUGGGAGCUUGAAGAACCAACCAAAGAGGUUCCCGAGAUGAACCAGUCAUUGACAUCUGAGGGUUCAGGAUCAUUUAGAAGUCUCAGUGGAAAAAGCGAUGAUGUUGGAAGUGGCACAGGUAGUCUCUCGAGAUUAGGAGGUCUAGGCCGUGCAGCAAGGCGCCAAUUUGCUGCUGCUCUUGAUGAGUUCUGGGGACAAAUGUUUGAUUUACAUGGACAAGCCACAAAAGAAGCAAAGGCUAAGAAACUGGAUCUGUUACUGGGGUUAGAUCUCAAGUUAGAUGCAAAGUCUUCAUCAGCAUCUGUCAAGUCGGACAGCAGUAGGGCUGAUUUUACUGGAUGUUUUCCAUCUUUGAGUGGACAGGGAUCUGAUUCUUUGAUCAGUUCAAGUUUAUAUAACUCUCCAAGACAGCAGAUGGGGCAAAGUCUGAUUGAGCCUUCCUUUGGGGUUCAGAGGGGUUCCUCUCCCUUGUUGUCAUCGCCUGUGCAACUUUUAGGUGCAUAUGUGCGGAACUCCAGUCGCAACACUCAUGACUCUGGUGAAAGGCGAUAUUCUAGCAUGCAUAUUCCUGCAUCCUCAGAUGGCUAUGACCAACAGCCGGUUACUGUUCAUGGGCAUGAGCUUGCCUCUUAUCUCAAUUGGAUAGCAAAGGAAACAGGUUCCGGGAUAUUGAAUGGUCAAAUGGAGUCACCAGCACCAAUAUCCACGUCCUCUAUGUCGUCAUCUUUCAGAGAGUCAUUUGCUCGUCCUGUAGGAAAGAGACCCCAGAAUGGGAUGAGUAUCUCAAGGCCGCCUGGUUUUCACAACGUCUCUGUUUCUAGGAAUAAUUUUUUGCAGUCAGAGAGAUCAAUGUACGACGUUACUUCCCCAAAACCUACUGAAAACCCAAAUAGUUCAAUCAAUUUGAAGAAAUUUUACAGCUUGCCCGAUAUAUCUGGUUUUCGAGUACCCUAUCAAGAGUCUACAUUAUCAGAUAAGAGUGGUAAAUGGGAUAAUUCAAUGGUAAAUGCGCAGUCAGUUGGGUCAACCUAUGAUAGAACCUCUUUGACUGUUUCGUCACGGACAGAAGCUCCUCCAGGAUUUCAUGGACGUUCUCCCUCAAAAGUUUGUAGAGAGCCUUUUUCUUUACAAUUCAGCUCAAGAUCAAGCACUGGGUCUCUUUGGUCUAGACAGCCUUAUGAACAGUUUGGUGUGGCUGAUAGAACUCAUGCUGAAGGUGAACAGGUGAAAGGUUCAUAUGCUCAAGAGUCUGCCUCUGCAAUUGAUUUUGAAGCAAGGCUUCUUCAGUCCUUCAGACAUAGUGUCGUGAAACUUCUGAAACUGGAAGGAUCUGAUUGGUUGUUUAGACAGAAUGGUGGGGCUGAUGAGGAUCUUAUUGACCGUGUAGCUGCAAGGGAAAAAUUCCUGUAUGAAGCUGAGACCGUGCCGAUGAAUUGGCCAAGUAAUGUUGGUGAAGCUCAAUUUUACUCUGAUAGGAAGUCUGGUUCUGCAGUUAAAAGUGAUGACACAGAUUAUACCAAGUUCUCAGUAACAUCAGUUCCACACUGUGGAGAGGAUUGUGUUUAUAAGGUAGAUCUGAUAAUUAGUUUUGGCGUAUGGUGCAUUCAUCGGAUAUUUGAGCUGUUGCUUAUGGAAAGCAGGCCAGAGCUUUGGGGAAAAUAUACUUACGUACUGAAUCGCCUCCAGGGGAUUGUUGUUCUGGCAUUUUUUAGGCCUCGUACGCCAAUGACUCCCUGCUUUUGCCUUCAACUCCCAGCUGGAUGGCAGCAGAAAUCAAGUCCACCAAUUUCGAAUGGAAGCUUGCCCCCACCUGCAAAACAGAGCAGGGGGAAAUGCACGACUGCAGCAUCACUUUUGGACAUAAUAAAGGAUAUUGAAGUUGCCAUCUCUUGUCGGAAGGGACGAACAGGGACUGCAGCUGGUGAUGUUGCUUUCCCUAAAGGGAAAGAAAAUUUGGCAUCAGUUCUCAAACGGUACAAACGUCACUUAUCAAAUAAGCCAAUUGGAUCCCAGGAUGGUGGAUCUGGUUCACGCAAGGUGUCAUCAUCCUUAUAUUAUGGUUUAUAGCCCUUGUUUUCAGUUCAUGGCAACUUGGUGUAUGAUAUUUAGGUUGCUCAAUUCGAAAUGCCUCUAUCCUUAAACAUGAGUGGUCCUUGGUUGCUGUGAACUUUUUCUUGCGCUCCCUCCUCCCUCCAUGUGCAUUUGUAUCUUUGAUGAUGCUGCUUCGGUUUUUCUUGCAAGUCAAUGUAUACAUAGGAUAAAGUGUGUUAAAUGCGUUAUUGCAGCAAUGAAAGAAGGGUAGAGAAAAAGGUGAGAGAUAAUUGUUGCAAAUGCAGUUCCCACCCACCAGCACGAGGCACAGGAAAUGACAAAUCGGGAAAAAUGUAAAAAUAGAUUAGUCUUUUUUAGACUUGUAGCCUGAGCCUGCGUUGUUUUUCUUUUUUCUUUUUUUUUUUUUCCGGAGAGGCGGAUGUGUUAGUUUUAUAUAUAUUUUUUAACAAUUCAGAAGAUGUAAAUAUUUUGAACUCA